GCAUACCCCAAGACCACGUAGACUGAAUACCCUGUCUAUCUCCAGCCCCCUCCCUGGCCGACACUCGAUACUUUGCGUUAUCAAUGGCUUGUCAAUCCCUCCGCGAAGCCUUCCGGCAGUCUUCCUCUCUCCCUCUUCCUCCCACCAGAACCUCACAACACAUCCUCGAUACUUCCAGUCGAUAAUUUCCCAUCCACCAUGGCCAGAAACUCAAUCAUCGCCCUAGCCACGGCAGCCCUGCUGGCAACGACGGCCAAUGCUCAGUUUGGGUACGGAUGGGGAGGUGGAUUUGGCAAUGGCAACGGGGACGGCUGUCCUCCUUGGGCCAGUGACUGCGACGGCUCCGACGACAGCGGCGACGGGAGCAGCUCCUCGUCUUCGAAUGGCGUCUCGCAAGGCAGUCUUUUCUCUUCUCCCGCUGCGUUCGACCGAGGAACCAAGAUUCUAAUCGCCCACGCCGUCCUGGCCUCUGCAGUUUGGGUCCUGUUUGUCCCGUCGCUCGCAAUCCUACUGCGCUUGAACAUCAAGAAUCCUAUUGUGCUCAGAAUCCACGCUGUCGGCCAAAUCCUCAGCUACAUCAUCUUCAUUGUCGCCGCAGGCAUGGGCAUCUGGCUUGCACAGCAGUCUGCCGCCUACGGCGUCUGGAACGACCCUCAUCCAAAGCUGGGUCUUGCAAUCCUGGCCUUGGCUUUCUUUCAGCCAAUUUUUGGUUCUAUCCACCACUCAAUCUACAAGAGACGCGUCCAGAACGUCCAGGCGGGAAAGCCAACCAAACCGCCCGGCCGGACGGCGCCUGGACGUGUACACCUUUGGCUCGGCCGGCUUCUCAUUGUGCUCGGUAUGAUCAACGGCGGCUUGGGCAUCCGAUUAGCAUCCUUCAGCCCUUUCCAGACCGAUGCCACGUCCACCAAGGCAAAGAUUGCCUACGGCGUCAUCGCGGCCACCAUGUUUUUGCUCUACCUGGUGUUUGUGAUCACCUUUGAGGUCAGGAAGUCAAGGGCGAGCACCGAGGAGGUGCGGAGUAGAGAGCAGGUGGUCGCCAACAAGGACGGACUGCCCUCGUAUGACGAGAGUGAGGAAUCCGUGGGAAGGCCCAGCAGGUACAGCUGAACCCGGAACAAAAAGGCGUCUGGACAUUUUGAUGACAUUGUUUGGAAAGAAUUUGACUUCGAUGUGAUACACGAAAAGCCCCCCCAUUUACUCCGUACACUUGUUACUGAGAUGGCAUGAUAAUGAUAAUGGUACAUACAAGAAACCUUGCUUUUGUGAUCGAAAAA